AUGUAUUGCCAGAAAUGCCGGACUCCGCUCCGGCUAGACAGCUCUCUUGAAGACCUCAACCCAGCAGCUUAUGACCUUCUCGUAGCAACACAUUCACAACAAGCCCCGAAAAAGCCCUCGGCGCCCCGAACCCUUCACUCGCAAGACCGUGCCCGGAAGGCGACAUACGACCGAGCUUCACGCAACGCCCCACCUCCAAUAUUCCGUCGUCAUGGCGUGCCUGGACGGGCCGACGGGCACGGCCGAGAUAGUUCAGCCAUGUCGUUUAUCUACCUGACCGAAUCGCAAAUAGCGGCACCGCCCAACUCUGCUUUGCAACGGAACCAGCAUGCGCUGGACGCGUCCCCAUCACUAGCGACCGCGAACGAGAAUCACACCGCGGAAGAGGAUGAUAGCAACACAUCGUACGAGAUGGAGCGCAUCACCAAGCUUUUCGAGAUUCUCUCCGCCCGGUCGGAUAUCGACCACCCGGUCUGCGUAGAGUGUACCGAUGUGUUACUGGAGGAGAUGCAGAAGAAGCUCGAGCUCACGAUACGGGAGCGGGACGCCUUCAUUGCGUUCCUCAAAGAGACACAAGCCAGCGCACCAACCGAUGAAGAACUACGAGCACGAGAGGAAGCCCUUCGUAAGGCGCAAAAGGAAGAGGCGGCAGCGCGGGACGAGAUUCGAAACCUAGAACGGGAAAAGGAGGCCCUCGAUGCCGAGUCUCUCGCCCUAGAGCGGGAGAGCAAGCAGCUAGAUGCGCAAGAAGACCGGUUCUGGCGGGAGCGCAACGCCUUUGCCAGCAGGCUCACCGACUUCCAAAACGAGCGCGACAGCAUCAACAGCAAAUUCGACCACGACUCGCGGCAUCUCGAGAAACUCGAGCGCAGCAACGUGUACAACGACACCUUCUGGAUCAGCCACGACGGCACCUUCGCCACCAUCAACGGCCUCCGCCUCGGGCGCCUGUCCAACAACCCGGUCGACUGGCCCGAGAUCAACGCCGCAUGGGGCCACGCCUUACUCCUCCUCUACACAGUCGCGGAGAAACUCGGCUUCCGCUUCGAAGGCUACGAACUCCAGCCCAUGGGCUCAACAUCCCGCAUCAUCCGCUUCGACCAACCCUCCCCAUCCUCCUCCAGCCGCCUCGCCGCUGCCACAACCCGCAGCGCCCCACCACCACCCCCGAAACGCCACGUCCUCGACCUCUACUCGUCAGGCGACAUGCCACUGGGGCUCACCUUCAUGCACCGCAAAUUCGACAACGCGAUGACGGCCUUUCUAGAGCUGGUACGGCAGCUGGGCGCACACGUGUACGCCCAGACGGCGGCCGAGGGCAGCCCGCUCAGCCUGCCGUACCGCAUCGAGGCCGACAAGAUUGGCGAUGUCAGCAUCCGGCUGGGUGUGGCGCAGGAUGAUGGGUGGACUAAGGCUUGCAAGAUGACGCUGACGUGUUGCAAGUUUUUGCUGGCGCAUGCUAGUAAUGUGAAUGCGGCGUUGACGGGUUGA